GUUAGAUAUCAGAGACCACUUCUCUCCAGCUCACCCUCCAUGAUCAUGCAGACGCAGACAAACAGACGAAACUAUAACGAACAUUUCAUAGAGGGUCAGCAUGUGCGGCUGAAUGAUUUAAGAAGUAUAGCUGAGCGUCAGGGUUUGGAGAACCAGUACCUCUACAAAGAAGACGUCCCUGAAUACCCCCGACCCGAGUUCUACGUGUCUCACCUGAAACAUGACACAGAGCGACGGGGGCUACGUGGGAUCCGGAAGGACAGAGGCUUCAAGGAUCCUUGUGGAGGCUCCUCGGAUCCUCGCCAUCUCUCCCUGGUGUGGUGGAGUCUGGCUGUGGGACCCGAGGAGAUCCAGGAGGCCGAGACGAGGCUCCUGGAGGAGACCUACCCAGACCGGAUGGAGGAGCAGGAGAGCUUCCUGUGGAAGUUCGCCUCCUCUCCAGCCUUCAAGAGGAGCUCAAGACUGGGCUCGUACCGCUUCAGGUUCCCUCUGGAGGAGGUGCUGACGGCCUACAGCGAGCAGUUUUGCUCUGGAGCUCCGCCCAUCAUGAGGGUGUUCAAGACCUCACUGUACAAACAGGAAGUGCAGUACUCUGUGCUGGUCCACAGCCCGGCCUAUCAGCGGUUCUUCUCAAGGUUUCCUUUGCUCCCUGAUGAUGACCUGGACGCCGUCUGCACUUAUAGAGACGGACACUUCAUCUGGAGACCAGAGGCCAUGUGUAAGACACACAGCUACGAGUUGAUUCGAGGACCUGACGAGAACCAGAUGGACGCUUGGGGGCCGAUUAGGCACCCGGAGUUUUAUGUUUGGGAUCACGUCGCCGUCGCCCUGCACGUAGAGAACAGACAGGUGCUGAGGUUUGAUCCUGAUCAGCUGAGAGAAAACCUGAGGUUCUGCUGGUGGGACAACAGGACAAUCAUACCCCAAACACACUUUGAUCACUUCCGCAGAGCCCACUCCGUCCUUAGACGCCUGUGGCCCGGAUACUCCUGGCUGGAGAAGGAGCCCCCGCUCCGGCCUACCUGAGGCAAUGAAUCCAGAUUUCUCCUGACAGCUGCCUCGAGUGGACACUAGGAGAACUGCAGUCUUUGUUUUCUGAUAUGUGAAUUAAAAAAU